AUGUCUGGAGGAAGAAAUCCUAUGGAGGAGGCCUACGAGCGCUUCAGGGCCGUCGCUCAGCAGCAGCAGAAGCGCGGCGGCUUCGGUGGUGGCGGCAUGCCCGGCGGUCCUCGCGGCGCUGGCAUGGGACUUGCCGGUCUGGUUCUUUUGGGAGGUGCUGCAUUUGUGGCCCAGAAUGCGCUGUUCAACGUCGAUGGUGGUCACAGAGCGAUCAAAUACCGGAGGACAACGGGUGUGAGCAAGGAGAUCUACAGCGAAGGAACUCACUUGAUCAUCCCCUGGUUCGAGACUCCCGUCACCUAUGAUGUUCGUGCGAAGCCCAGAAACGUCGCCUCCCUCACCGGAACCAAGGACUUGCAGAUGGUCAACAUCACCUGCCGUGUCCUUUCCAGGCCUGACGUCAAGGCCCUGCCUCAGAUCUACCGCACUCUCGGCACAGACUACGACGAGAGAGUGCUGCCUUCCAUCGUCAACGAGGUUCUGAAGAGUGUUGUUGCUCAGUUCAACGCUUCCCAACUCAUUACCCAGAGAGAGAUGGUUGCCAAGUUGGUUCGCGAGAACCUCUCCCGCCGUGCCGCACGGUUUAACAUUCUGCUGGACGAUGUGUCUCUGACGCACCUUGCCUUUUCCCCGGAAUUCACAGCUGCCGUUGAGGCGAAACAGGUUGCCCAGCAAGAGGCUCAGCGCGCGGCGUUCGUUGUCGACAAGGCUCGUCAGGAGAAGCAGGCCAUGGUUGUCAAGGCCCAGGGUGAGGCUCGCUCUGCUGAGCUGAUUGGAGAUGCCAUCAAGAAGAGCAAGGCCUACGUCGAGCUGAAGAAGAUUGAGAACGCGCGCGCCAUUGCUCAGCAGAUGCAGGAGUCUGGUAGCAAGAACCGUUUGUUGCUUGACUCUGAGGGCCUGGGUCUGAACGUGUUUGACGAUAGCGAGAAGAAAUAA